GUCAGUUGUUCAAAACAAAAGCAAAGAUGUGUAUGUAUAUGGUCCCGGUGAAGUCACUGGAGACACAUUCUAAGGUGUUAAAGACAUGCUCAGAACUGUCCUGUGUAUUUUGUGACCUUGCUAUGGCGUUCUUAUACGUUUUUUUUUCAGAUCAUGCUGCUACGUGUUGUCAUUUCCCCUGAUAACAUCAGAAGAUUGGAUAUUUCAGAAGACCUCGAGUCUCUCGAACAAUUGAAGGGGAUUCUUACAGAAAGACUUCAACUCGAAGGCGACUUUUUAAUUCAGUUCGAGGACCCUGACUUUGGAAAUGAACUGUGUAAUUUGACAGACAUUAGAGAGCUUCCUCCAGAAAGAGCUGUAUUGAAGAUCCUGAAAUCCUUCAUCCCAACAGAAUCACCGGCUUCUACCUCUACCUUUUCUGGACUGGAUUCUGAUAGCAUGUCAUCUCCAUCCACCAGUGCAGCCCAGGGUUCGUCCGUACAGCUUAGGCGGCGUGAGAGUGCAGAGAACUGGCCAUCUCCAUUCCCAAUUCCAGUCUUUUCAUUUGAUGUUGCACUGAGGCUUUCUAACGGGGAUGCUUUGUUCAAGGAAAGUGGAGUACUUCUCACUGUACCAAGGGAAAUGAAAAUGGACAUCCUGGACAACCUAGCUCAGGCAAUGUUUUCCUACAAGGCCUACCCAAAGACUCAAGAAAUUGAAUCAGUUGCUGCUGCACUUAUUGAGAAACACCCAUCUCUUGCUGACCCAGGAGUUGGAACUGGAUUUCACAGCUGGGCCAUGAGCAUUAGAUAUAAGCUUGGCAACUACCGCCAAAAGCUACGGAUGGCAGGCUGUAAUGAAGUCCGGGUUAACCAAAGAAAAAAUGCAGAGGUGACCAGGUGUCUAAAGAAAGCCAGAAGGUGUGAAGUGAACUUUCUUCCAGACAAUCCUGAAGGGCAGACUGACGAAUCACAAGAGAGGGAAAGGAAAUUAAUACAGGAGGAAGUUCUGAAAAGACUUCCAAACAAGACCCUGAUCGAAUCGAAAAUGGAAGCUACUUUUUCCCUACGCAGGAAGGGUAUUGUGGAGGAAGAACCGCCUAUUGCUGAUGUGUUGGAGAAGUGGCCAGCAUUGUUUUUGGAAGAACAGAUAUAUGCUGAGUUUUUUAGAAUCACUCAAGUGGAUCUAAAGAAGACCUUCUUGACAUCUUUGGAUGCACACGCCUCAAACCUGAUAAAGCUUUAUAGAACACGUAGCGGGACACAAGGAAAGGACUUAAAGGCCCUCCUUGACAACCUUGAUGAACAGACAACCGAUGUGCUUGCACAAAGGAAGGCCACAGCUCUACGAGGUCUACCUCUCUAUUUGAGGGAGAAUCCAGGCAACGUCCUGAAGACAUGUCUGGAUACAGACUCGGAGGAAACGUCCGUUGCAGGUGUUCAACUUGGCAUAGUCACCAUUGUUGAAGAUGAUGUUGGGAGAGCUCACUCAAUGCCCAGAACAGUCAACAUUGCCCUUGUCAUCGAGGAAAAGGUCGUUGUGGAUAACAUCUCUGACAUCAGUACAGCCAUUGUACUUCUCUUUGGAUGCAUCUACAACCUCAACCUGGACUACCCCAAAGGAUUGAAGUACACUUUUGAGGCCCUUCAAAAGAUUUUUAUGAACCUUGGCACAGAGUGUUCUGCCCGUGUUCAGGCUCAGAAAAACAACUUGUUAAAGUAG